UUGGGGCGCUGUUGCAGCAGGCCGAGACGUGGCCGCCCCGGAACUGACGCGCUCCCCCGCUGCCGUGCGGAAGCGGAGAUGGCGGAGCUGUAUGUGAGGCCGGGCAACAAGGACCGCGGCUGGAACGACCCGCCCCAGUUCUCCUACGGGCUGCAGACCCAGGCCGGUGGGCCCAAGCGCACGCCCCUUACCAAGAGAGUCGCCGCUCCGCAGGAUGGAUCCCCCAGAGUCCCCCUCACCUCAGAGACUUCUGGAGCACCUCCCACGGGGCCUCCACCUCUUUCAAGUAAAACUUCCAAGCUUCCACCUGUGGGUGGCUGUCCUGCCUCCAGUGUGGAAUCUAUAAAUUCCCCAGUCAUUGAGCAUGAGACUGUGCUGGAAGAUGUACUGAGACCUUUGGAACAGGCAUUGGAAGCUUGUCGCGGUCAGACAAAGAAGCAGGUAUGUGAUGACAUCAGCCGACGCCUGACUCUGCUGCAGGAACAGUGGGUUGCAGGGAAACUCUCAGCACCUGUGAAGAAGAGGAUGUCCCUGCUGGUGCAAGAGCUUUCGAGUCAUCGAUGGGAUGCUGCAGAUGACAUCCACCGCUCACUUAUGGUGGAUCAUGUGACUGAGGUCAGUCAGUGGAUGGUAGGAGUUAAAAGAUUAAUUGCAGAAAAGAAGAGUCUGUCUUCAGAGGAGACCAAUGAAGAGAAACCUACUGCCAUAGCUGAAGAAAACGAGACCAUACCAGGUGUCCAGCAGGCUUUGUAAACUUGGAAGUUCACCAUAUUCACAACACACCAUCUUCUUUGCCUUGGCAUAGGAGCCUUCUUUCACUUGACGCUCAUAUUAAACCUGCCAGGGCUCUUACUCAUCUUUGGGGAAAGAGGCCACACCUGGCCAUAGGGAGGUCUCAUUCCCAAAACACACAUUUCAAUAAAAUUAAUGACAGGCCCUGGCUUAAGAGAGAUGUAACCCUUCCUGUGCCAUACUGGUUUCUUCUGCUCUACAUAUACCUUAUAAACCUGUUCUUCCACUUGUCUUAAAGGCA